UCAGAGCACAGUCCACUGUAAUACUAUCGCAUACAGGCAAGUAGGUAAUCUACAAUGGCUCUAGACCCGAUGGAAUCCUCGACAACGCCGGCCGCAGGCCCAUCGACCCAACCCGAGACCGCAUUCGAAAAGUGGAGGUCAUCUCUCGCACAAUUGACAGGACUCGGCUUGAACCCGGUCGAGGCCAAGCACCGGGACGAAAGACUAGCUCAGGAGAGGCUCGAGGGAGAUUGGAAUCAGUGUGAAAAGUGGAAGACGGGGUUGAUGAAGUCAAGUCCUGCGGUUGUUUUCAUGAUGAAGCACCUCACCCUAUCCGGCUGCCCAUUCACAGCAGCUUCUAUCCAAUGCCACCCAUGUCCACCGACAAGAUCAGGAGGUUUCUCACCGGAUCACGGGAUCCUGCUCUGUCAAGAUCGGUUCUUUAGCAAGAGACAUAUGGAGGACACCAUCGUACACGAGAUGAUUCACGCCUUCGACCAUUGUCGGUUCGAAGUGGACUGGGGGAAUUUGCGACAUCAUGCUUGUAGCGAGAUCCGAUCGGCAAACUUGUCGGGCGAUUGCAAAUGGACCCGGGAGCUUCGAAGAGGUUUCUACUCAUUCUCCAAGCAACAUCAGGCAUGUGUAAAACGCCGAGCGGUCCUUUCCGUAGAAGCAAAUCCUAACUGCGCAGAUAAGGCGAUGGCGGAACGAGCGGUCAAUGAAGUAUGGGAUAGUUGUUUCAAGGAUACACGGCCUUUCGAUGAGAUCUACUAGAAUAUUGGCACGGUGGCGAUUCUACGUAUCUGGACCCAGCCGGACGGAAUGGAAAGGUGCAUGUGCGUUGUAUUAUAGAGCAUGGCUUGUUGCAUAUUCAGACACCCCUUGAAAGAUCGAAA